AAUAGAGGACAAUUUUCGGCGUUCUAUGUAUAGCCGAGCUUGGUUCAAGACAUACACUCCCAUUGCAGGAAUGAUGGAGGCCAGUGAUUUGAUUCUCACAUAUAUAUACUCUAUCGACAGAGGGUAUCAUUCGUUCUCCCAUGGCGUCUCUUGGUACUCAGCGCAGCCGAUCCUUUCACUCCGACAAUAAGGGCUCCCCCAUUGACGAGAAGAGGGCUUCGGCUGAGGUCGUUACAGCUGUCUCUUUCCAAGGAGAUGUCUACGAUGACUUGCGCGUUAUCGAUAUGGGUGAAGAUGGGAAGGAGCGUCCUAUUGUAACAGACAUGGACGUCGCCACCCGUCUUAUUUCCCUAGAGGACGACCCUACUCUCCCAGCAUCCACAUUUCGCAUGUGGUUCCUCGGUAUCGGGCUAUCAUGCUUCGGUGCCGUUCUUGGACAGAUAUUUUACUUCCGGCCACAAACAGUGUUCGUUUCACAGUUGUUUCUCCAAAUCCUGGGAUAUAUUCUUGGCAUCGCUCUGGAAACCAUCAUACCCGGGCCGGGAAAUCCUGUCGAGAGUCUUAGGACAAGGGACAAUGCGUUUUGGAGGUUCAUGAAUCCUGGUCCUUUCAAUAUAAAGGAACACGUCGCAACAACUAUCUUCUCUACGACCGCCGCUGAAUCCGCCCUUGCCAUUAGUAUAUUUGCCGCAGAUGACUUGUACUACAACAUUCAGCCUAAUGCCGCCGUCGGUAUUUUCACUCUCAUUGGCAGCCAACUCAUCGGGUACGGACUAGGCGGCGUCAUGCGCUCAUUCCUUGUCUACCCUACAUACAUCGUCUUCCCCAACCUACUCCCAACGGUACAGCUUUUCGACGCCCUUCACCGAGGCAAGAAGAUAUUCCUCCAGAAAAAACGCGUCCGGUUCUUUUGGAUCAUCUUCGUGGCAAUCUUCGUCUGGGAGUGGUUUCCCGAGUAUAUAGCCCCGACUCUAACGGGUAUAAGUGUCUUCUGUUUGGCGAAUAGAGAUAGUGCAUGGUUUACGAGGAUAUUCGGCGGCGCUGCGGGUAAUGAAGGACUUGGCAUGUUUGCUUUGUGUUUAGACUGGAACUAUGUAGGUUCCGGUGGAGGCAGUAUGGGCGCAUUGUUCACGCCCAUCUCGACUCAGCUAUCGCAAUAUUUCGGGACAAUGAUCUGCAUAAUUGCCUUCUGUGCCUGCUACGCUCGCAACACCUGGAGUGGCCAGAAUUUCCCAUUCCUAUCGCAGGCGCUGUUCUACGAGAACGGAACAUUGUACGAUCAGCUCAGCAUUUUGAAUGACAACUUCAGACUGGACCCGGCUAAAUUAGAGAUCCAGGGUCUCCCAUGGUUCGCCAGCUCUCAAGUCCUUACAAAAAUAGGUAACAACCUAGCCAUCGGCUCGACCAUCAUGCACGUCGUGCUAUGGUACGGCAAGGACAUUAUCGAAGUCGUCAAGAAAUACAAGAACGGCGAAAGUUACGAUCCACACUUGGAGAAGAUGAAGGUAUACCGCGAGGUCCCGAUGUGGUGGUACAUAGCCAUCUUCUUGGGAAGUUUCGCUAUGGCUAUGGCUACCAUUUACACCAGUAACUCUUCACUUCCAUGGUGGGGGUUGAUUGUCGCGAUCAUCAUCUCGGCGGUGUUCCUACCCUUCGUCGUUACAGUGUAUGCGAUCACUGGUUUCGUUCCAGACAUCCAGAGCCUCGUCCAGAUCAUCGGCGCCUCGAUGAUGCCUGGAAGUCCUCAAACUAACAUGUAUUUCACACUCUACGGAUCCAACACCUUGCUUCAGGCUCGAGGGCUUAUCAGAGAUCUCAAAAUGGGACAAUACACUAAGCUACCUCCUCGCGUGACGUUCGCGGUUCAAUCCGCUGGGGCAGUCAUCGGAGGGCUCUUGAACUAUGUUAUCAUGAAAGUCAUCAUUUCAGCACACCGGGAAAUCUUGCUUGAUGUGCAAGGAAACAACGUGUGGUCUGGCCAGCAGGUCCAGUCCUUUAACAGCGACGCCGUAUCUUGGGGAGCACUAGGCAAGCAGCUCUAUUCUCCGAGUGGUCGAUACGGUAUUGUACCGUUAUCUAUCUUGAUUGGCCUCGCGGUGCCCAUCCCAUUCUGGCUUAUACAUCGUCGAUACCCUAAAUUAGGUGCCAAUCACGUCAUUACGCCCAUCCUCUGCUGGACACUCGGUUAUCUCAGUGUCGGGAUCAACUCAUCUGUAUUCACGACCUUUUGCUUGGCGGUGUUCUCUCAGUAUUAUCUCAGGCGAUACCGUCCUGGAUGGUUUAGGAAGUACAACUUCCUGAUGUCCGCGGCAUUGGAUGGUGGAACACAGGUCAUGGUAUUUGUCUUUACGUUUGCCGUUGGAGGCGGUUCGGGUACGGUGGUCAACAUGCCAAAUUGGGCAUUAAAUCCGACUGGUAAUCCAGAUUAUUGCAAGAGACUCACUUAAACUUGAAGGCCGGGUAUCGUGCAGACGGCUUGGCUUUAAACAGUCGUAGUAUUACGGAAAGGCUAUUGUACAGUAUUCAUAGGCAUUUAAACGCGCUUCGGGAAGUAAACGUCUAUGUCGGCUAGUUCUAGCAAGAUGUGGAUUGCAAACAUCGGCCCAUUACCACUGCUCCUCGGCUGGAUGCACUGAUCGCCAUUUUUCUGAUUAGAAGUCGAGGCAUGACUGAACUAUUUCACUUACGAUCCAGUUCCCAUGUCCACGCCGUUUUUUC